AAACUCUAACUAGCGUUGAUUUGUUUACAUUGGACAUAAGAACAAGAAUAAACUGUUUUAUUUCCCUGCUAAUGUCAUCAGGAACUAUAACUAUUCGCUUGGUCAGAUCUUUUGAACACAGGAACAUCAAACAUAUUGUUCUUCAUGAUGUAGAUUUUACUCAAACUGCCAGUUCAUUCAAAGAAGCAAUCAAAAAAGAUCUGGUGUCAAUGCAAGGAAUUCCACCACCUUUUAAGAAGUAUAGUUAUGAUACACUGAAGAUAAGCCAUAAGGCUCAUGGAGCUAAGAGUAAUGAUCCUGUUAUUGACAUAGCAAAUGAUCAGUUGAUUUUAGAAGAUGGAGUCACAUUGAUGGAAGCUGGUGUUGGAAAUGAAACAGAAAUAUCCUAUUUCAAAAUGGAAGACUACAGAAAGUACCAAGCUGAUCCACAUUUAGUGUGGUGAACAACAGAAUAAGUUCAUGGCAAUUUUAAAUGUUUACUUUUCAAAUUCAAAAUAUGCUUGUACAUGUACUUUUCUUGUUUAUGUAGCUGGUCAGUUUUUGUAUUUAUGAAAUAAUGGAAAAACCAAAUACCAUUUUGCACAGUCUUACUUGGUUUGGAUAUGUUUCUGCUUCUACAUAAACAAAGAAUGUAGAAGGUAUUUAUUCUACAACCUGCAUGAGAAAUUAUGUCUUUAUUUGUUAUUUUUACUGUUGAAGCUAUACAUAUCUUUUGACAUCAGUCAUGGAGAUAUAUAAUAUAUCAUUUUAAAAAAUAUAUUGAAGUGAUUAUAAUUGAUAAGGGGUUUAAAUAUGAUAUAAACAAGUUCAUAUCAUAAUAAAGGAGUUAUGCAUGCACAAUAAGUUCUGUUUUUUUUUAUUAUACUGAUCAACAAUUAUGUGUAUUAUUUUAAAAGUUAAACAUGACAGUUUUGAUAAUCACUCUAAUGUCAUAAAUCUGUUUUUGGCAUGGUUACAAUGUCAUAAAACCAAGCUGUGCUAAAAAAAUUGUAUGGUGAUGCAUUUGUUUUUUCAAUUUAUUUAAAACAAAAAUAUCUCUCUGAUUCAAAUAUCUGAACUAGUAUAAAUUAUCACAAAAUUAUGCCAUUACAAUUGUUCUGAUUGUCUUUAAAUGCUCAGAAUUUUAUGAUUGAUUUUUCCCAUUGGAGCAUUAAAUUAUUUUUUGUGGAUUUAUAUUUGUCAUAUUGUCACUGUUAUGGAUCAUAGCUUUUAUUAUUUACUUGAGAAAAAAAUAUUCUGUAAGGUACUAUCAACAUGUGUUUCUGUGAACUUUAUCAAGUGUUUUCAACCCAUCACUAGUUUAUAAUUUUUUUAAAUCGCAUAAUUUGAUUAAGACAAAUCAAGAUAACAGACAAAAACUGAAGAAAUCACUUGAACUCCAAGAGGAGCAAGACAGUCAAAAUUGUGAAAGACAAAACAAUGUUGCUAAUAGUUGAGACAUUGUAUCUGUCAACCUAGCUAUUGGUGAAAUUAUGAAGUUUCAAUUUCAGUCAAAAUUCCUCAUAACUCUGUUGGAGCAAUAUAUUUAGUUAGGAGAACACCUCUCAUAAUAAGGUCUAAAUAGCAGGAAAAUGCAAAUGCAUAACUUAUUAACUGAGAUAUGCAUUAAAAAACAUACACUAAAGCAGAGUUUAUGUCGCUGCUGAAAACAGAGAAGUUCACAAUUAGAAAUUUAAAUCAGUCACAUUUGUCAUAGAUUGUAGUUUGGUUGUUUGAGGUUUGAAGGGCUGUAAACAGGAGUCAUAUACUCCCUCUCAUUCAGAAAUGCCUUCACUAGAACAUAAAAUUCAAAUAAAAUUAUUUUCCAUGAGAAGUUUCUUCUGAAAAUAGCUAGUACUUGUUGUAAUUAAUUUUCAGAGUAAACCUUGAAACUAUUUGCAUACAUUAUUCCCUUUUUUACCUGUAUAGCAAAAGGUGCAGCAAGUAAAGAGAUCACCUUUCUACAAUUUUUUUGUUUGAUACCUAUAAGACAAUUGUACCUAGUGUAAAACACUUAAUCUGUAGUUUAGUUACCUAUUUGCUAAAUGUCUUUAAAUGCCAUGUAAAUUUAUCAUGUUUUUUUUUUGUCUGUGAAUCUCUUAAAAUCAACAAAAGUGCCAUGAUAAACAAAUGCAUAUAAAAUAUAUAUAAUGCACACAAUUAUUUUUUUAACCAUGUUGUGGUUGCCUCUAAUUCAAUAAAUAUGUGCAUAUAUUUGAGGAUUGUAAAAUGCAGCUAUUGUAACAGAGAGUAUGAUACAUGUAUUAUAAUUUUAUAAGGAGUGUCUUAUCAAUGUAUAUUUUCUUGUUGAAUAUGUAAUAAUGGUAGUAUCAUUAUGGUACUGUAUAGUAUUUGAUAAAGAAUGUCAAUAAAAUGCUACUUUUUAAAUAAAAUUCUGAAAUAUUUGAUA